AUGACCGUAGAUGAGUUCUUUCAGUUAGCCGACCAGAUUUGGGAUUAUACCCCUGAUAUCAUGGAUGCAGGGAUGACUCAUGAGUUUGCAGGACUCUUCGCAGCACGGGCAGUAGCCAGGAUAUCUGAUCCAACGGAGAUGAUUCUAGGUUACGAUGAUGAUGAGGAGGCUGUGAACCAUGGAAUUCCUCUGUCUCUGACGGAAAGAAUGAAGGGAAUUGUAAGGGAAUUCAUUCAACUACCUUUGGAGGAAAAGCUCAAGUACAAAAUACAAGAGACUGAAGGCUAUGGGCAGUCCUUUGUAGCCUCAGAUGACCAAAUACUGGACUGGGCAGAUAUUAUGUCCUUGACAACUCUACCUCCAGAGAAUAGAAAAAUGGAUUUUUGGCCUACAAAGCCAUCAGAUUUUAGAGAAACCGUGGAUCAAUACGCACUUGAAAUUCAAAAGUUUGGGAAUACAGUCCUUCGCCGCCUAUCAGAAAACGCUGGGCUAAAACCUGACCAUUUCAUUAACAUGUGUGGCAAAUUGAUACAGUCCAUGCGACUGAAUUACUACCCACCCUGCCCAAGACCAGAUCUGGUUUUAGGUAUAAGCCCUCAUUCAGAUGCAAGUGUUUUCACAGUGUUGUUGCAGGAUGAUGAAACAGUUGGGCUACAGAUCUGUAAGGAUGGUGAAUGGGUUCCUGUUCAACCCAUCCCUGGUGCCCUGGUUAUCAAUAUUGGGGACAUGCUUGAGGUGAUAAGCAAUGGAAUUUAUAAGAGCAUUGAGCACAGGGCAGUCACAAACAUGGACAGAGAUCGAAUCUCCAUUGCCAUGUUUUGUAGUCCGAGUGGGGAAACAGAAGUGGGUCCUGCUCCUGAGCUCAGUGAUGAGUUGCAUCCCUGUCAAUAUAGAACAUUCAUUCGCGCAGACUAUGUGCAGAAUUUAUUUUCUGGAAAACUUGAAGGGAAAAAGAAGAUUGAUUUUGCCAAAAUCAAGUCAUAA